AUGGCCUCCGGCUCUGGAGUAGGGUCGUAUUCGAACCCGUUGAAGAAGUUUAAGCUGGUAUUUCUGGGAGAGCAGAGUGUUGGAAAAACAUCUCUGAUCACCCGUUUUAUGUACGACUCCUUCGACAACACAUACCAGGCCACUAUUGGCAUUGACUUUUUGUCCAAGACCAUGUACCUCGAAGACCGAACUGUCCGCCUUCAACUUUGGGAUACCGCCGGUCAAGAACGAUUCCGCUCCCUGAUUCCUUCCUACAUCCGAGACUCCAGUGUGGCGGUCGUUGUUUAUGAUAUCUCGAAUGCAAAGUCCUUCCAGAAUACUCGAAAAUGGAUCGAUGAUGUGCGAGGAGAGCGUGGAAACGAUGUGAUCAUUGUCCUGGUCGGCAACAAGACUGAUUUGAACGACAAGCGGGAGGUCACCACAGCACAAGGCGAGGAGGAAGCCAAGAAGAACGGCCUGAUGUUUAUCGAGACCAGUGCCAAGGUUGGCCAUAACGUGAAGCAGCUGUUCCGGAGAAUUGCGCAGGCUUUGCCUGGAAUGGAGGGUGAAGCUAAACAAGGCGAGAGCCAAAGUAUGUUGAUUCCUCGCGGUCCAUUUCCUCAUGACCAUAUUACCUAUGUCUUUGAUGCUAACCAUGAGGCCCUCAUAGUGAUCGAUGUCAAUAUUCAUCCCAAAGAGACCACCAGCAAUGAUGGCUGUGCUUGCUGA